UGAAGUUUUCUUUUCCCGUCCGGAAGUGCGCAGAGCUUGUUGAGCGCUUUGUGGUCAUGUUCAGGAAUGUUGUGAGCAGACUGGUGACUGAGUCGGUCGGUGUUGGCCGUCAGGUGAAACACAGCGAGGUGGUCAAGAGUCUGACCGCGGGCCGCGCGUCGGCCAGGAGCUUCACCGAGGCCACGGACGAGGCGCAGCCGCCUUUCGACUCCUCCCUGCUGGACUUCCUGGUGUGUCCGCUGUCCAAGAAGCCACUCAGGUAUGAUGCUAAGACCAACGAGCUGAUCAACGAGGAGCUCGGCAUCGCUUAUCCCAUCGUUGACGGCAUCCCUAACAUGAUCCCCCAGGACGCCAGGCUCAUAAAGAAAGACGAACCUGAACAGUGACAGGAACUGCACAGAGCUGAGGGACUGAGGCAGCACCUAGCUAAACAGAUAAUAUUUUAGGACUUGUCGGGAUGUUCUCCCUGGCGUUGAUGGUGGGACUGGUCCCUCUCGUGUCCCUCAUCGGUCUGAUCUACUCGGCCUCCGUGGACGAGAGCUUCCCUCAGGGAUGCACCAGCAGCGGCAGCGUGUGUUUCUACAGCCUGCUGCUGCCGCUCACCCUCCCCGUCUACGUCUUCUUCCACCUGUGGAGCUGGAUGGGGAUCAAGCUCUUCAGACACAACUAAGCUGUUCUCUCAGUUUCCUCCUGCAGCCUUUAAUUAUUAGAUCCCUAACUGUGUGUUUAUUCUUGGAUAGUUACAAAACUUAAUAAUGAGUUUAUUUUAUCUGUCAGGAUUUCAUGUUGCUGUUUAUAACACUGUAGGUACCGAUUUUCCUUAUUAAUAAUAAUAAUCUGUCGUAAUAAACAUGUCCUAACACCUGCAAAACAAACUGCUGUAAAAUUAUUAACUGUAGAAAUUUACAUCUGUGCURAAUAAACAUCAGUUGUGUAAUAAAAA